UGGGGCAACCAGGAAGGCGGAGGGAGGGAGCGGGGGCGUCCCAGGCCCUGCUGCCCCUGCCGGCCUGUGCGCGGGCGCCGCAGCCGUGCCGGCGGCCAUCGCGGGCUCGCCACCCCCGUGCGCCCCUCCGAGGACGGAGGGGUGGGGGCAGAGGAGGCGGAGGAAGCGGCGGCGGCGGCGCCAGGAACAGGGAGGCGGCGGCACGGAGAGGGAGGGAGUCGGAGCUGAAGCCGGGCCGGGCCCCGCAAGAGCAACAGCAGCGCCAGCUCCUCCUCCUCCUCCUCGGUGAGUCCCGCUCCGCCGCCCCGGGAGGCUGCUCGCCGCCGAGCCCGGAUGCCGGCGCAGGCCGGGCCGCGCCGCCGAGGUGCCUGGGGAGAGGCCCGCGCCGGGAGCGGGACACCGCGGCCUCCGCCGGGAAAUGGCUCUUGAAGUUAAAUGAGGCUGGAUAAAACACAUAAAUGAAGCAGAAGCUGCUCUGCAUGUGUUAGGGCUAUAUCACCACAAGCACUGCUGAUCAGCCAGACUUGGUAACUUGUCAUAAUGAAGAAAAUUAGUCUCAAAACAAUUCGCAAGUCCUUUAACUUAAAUAAAAGUAAAGAUGAAAGCGACUUUGUAGUGGUUCAGCAGCCAUCGUUAAGUGAAUUUGGAAAAGAUGACUCCUUAUUUGGCAGCUGCUAUGGUAAAGAUUUGGCUAGCUGUGAAGUCAAUAGUGAAGAUGAAAAAGGAGGCAAAAAUAGAUCAAAAAGUGAAAGCUUAAUGGGUACGUUAAAAAGGAGGCUUUCAGCAAAACAAAAACAGAAAGGCAAAGGCAGCACACCAUCCGUAAGUUCUGCAGAUGAUGACACCUUUUCUUCCUCAUCUGCUCCAAUAACCUUCAAAGAUGUGCGAGCUCAAAGACCUCUGAGAUCCACUUCCCUCCGUAAUCACCAUUACAGUCCAACUCCGUGGCCCCUUCGACCUACAAAUUCAGAAGAGACUUGCAUCAAAAUGGAAGUGAAAGUCAAGGCCUUGGUCCAUUCCUCUAACCCAAGCCCAGCACUGAAUGGCGUUCGAAAGGACUUCCAUGACUUGCAGUCAGACAACGUGUUCCAGGAACAAAACAAUGCAUUAAAAAAUACGGAAUCUCAGAACGGGGACUUGCAUCUUCAUAUUGAUGAACAUGUGCCUGUAGUUAUUGGAUUAAUGCCUCAGGACUACAUUCAGUAUACUGUGCCUUUAGAUGAGGGAAUGUAUCCUUUGGAAGGAUCACGUAGUUACUGUCUGGAUAGUUCCUCACCCAUGGAAGUUUCAACUGUUUCUUCUCAAGUGGGGGGAAAUGCUUUCCAUGAAGAAGAGAGCCAAGUGGAUCAGGAUGUAGUCGUUGCACCAGAUAUCUUUGUGGACCAGACGGUGAAUGGUUUAUUAAUUGGUACCACAGGAGUCAUGUUGCAAAGCCCAAGAGUUAAUCACAGUGAUGUCCCUCCACUCUCACCUUUGCUACCUCCAAUGCAGAAUAAUCAAAUCCAAAGGAACUUCAAUGGAUUGAAUGGCACAGAUGCCCAUGUGGCUGAAAGUAUGCGCUGCCAUUUGAAUUUUGAUCCUAACACUGCCCCUGGAGUUGGAAGAGUUUAUGAUUCUGUACAGAACAGUGGUCCUAUGGUUGUGACAAGUCUCACAGAAGAACUGAAAAAACUCGCAAAACAAGGAUGGUACUGGGGCCCCAUUACACGUUGGGAGGCAGAGGGAAAAUUAGCUAAUGUGCCUGAUGGCUCGUUUCUUGUUCGAGAUAGUUCUGAUGAUCGUUAUCUUUUAAGUUUGAGUUUUCGUUCCCAUGGAAAAACUCUUCAUACUAGAAUUGAACACUCAAAUGGUAGGUUUAGCUUUUAUGAACAACCAGAUGUGGAGGGACAUACAUCUAUAGUUGACUUAAUUGAACAUUCAAUCAGGGACUCUGAAAAUGGAGCUUUCUGCUAUUCGAGAUCCCGGCUGCCUGGAUCAGCAACUUACCCAGUGAGACUGACAAAUCCCGUAUCUCGGUUUAUGCAGGUGCGUUCUUUACAAUACCUGUGUCGUUUUGUAAUACGUCAGUACACCAGAAUAGACCUGAUUCAGAAACUGCCUUUGCCAAACAAAAUGAAGGAUUAUUUACAGGAAAAGCACUACUGAAAGCUUAUGGGAAUCUUGCAUCUUGCACUUUGGGAACAACAACAACAAAAAGAGAUUGAAUUACAGUUUACAGACUUUCAUUAUUAUCAAAAUCUUUUGCUGCCAUAAAAAUAUUUCAUUUUUGUGUGUAAAAGAAAAGUAAUGCAUUUGAAUUUAUGUUUGUUUUGGGGUUUUUUGUGUAUUUUGGGGGGCCUUUUUUUUUUUUUUGAAAGAAUGAUCUCAAGUUUAUUUUUAGAAGUGUGAAAUAGCUAUCUUUCAUCAAUGUGCAGAUUAAUCACAAUGUGAAUGAUCAAAUUCUCCUUAAUUUCCCCCAAGUCCUUUGCUGCUAUCCACUGUGAUUUUUAUGCAUUGAAAGCACAUUUCAUGUGUAUUCAACCAUAAGUAAAAGUCAAAUGAAACUUGUUGAAUGGAUUUUUUUUUUUUCCUUUAAAAUAGCCUGUUUGAGAAAAACUAUCGUGGAUAAAAAACAUAUUGGUAUUCUAAAUUACAGAAUUUACAUCUAUGUUAAAAAUGAUUUCCUAGUAUCCUAAUUAUAAAUUUCUAUAGAGAUAUGCCCUAAUGUAGAACUUACAGACAGAGCUGUGUGAUAAGAACAGGUUAUGCGGCAUAUCUUUGGAAAAUAACCUGGCCUUUCUCCUAAGCCUUGUAUUGUCUGUACGCUAUUUUGUGUUUGAGAAGGUUGGUUCAACCACCUUCUUGUCUUGGUAUUUUGUCCUUCUAAAAAUGGCCUUUAAAAAAGAGAAGUCUGUGAAAGUUAUGUGUAGUACCUAUAAGGAAAUUGCAGUAUUGGGGUCUUGUCAAAUAUUACCCGUUAAAAUCAUGUCAUCAGUUAAAUAAAUGAACACCUACCAGGUCCCCUCUUUCUGUUCUUUUCCCUCCUACCUCCUCUUGGGGGACAGGGCGGGGAGGGGCCAUGGAAUAUCCUGGAUUUGUAGGAAAACUCUAGGAAUUGUUAUUAGGGAAACAUUAAUUGAUAAGCCAUUUUAGAGAUGGGGUAAAACUUCUGAUAGGAUGAAUUCUACAAUAUAUAUUCAAACUACUUGAAAUUUUAUAACUUUCUGCAUUCUUUUCACUUCAGAAAUGCAGUAAUACACUAAUGUUCUUUGAAUUGUUUUCUCCUUUUUUGGAUAUCCUUUGGGGAGGAAGGAACAGGACUGGUAACAUUUUUGAUGGAAGAUGCUUAAAAUGCGUUUCUAAAGGUCUAUUCUCAUAGCCUUUCAAAUUAUGGGGAAAAGAGGUUUGGAUAUACAUUGACUGCAGAAAAUGUUUCAGUUUACUGUCAUGAAAUAUGUUUUGACAUAUGAAAUUAAGUCAAUUAAGUAAAUGUUUAUAUCUGUCAAAGAUUCUGGCAUUUGAAAAGCUUACAGUUAUUCUAACCUUCUGUAGGGAAAAAAAAAGACUUUCAGUGGGGAGUACAGAUUCUACACCGUAGUAUUUUCUUCAUGCAAGGUUAAUACAUGGCAUUUUCCUGGUUUGUUUCAGAUUAUAUUCCCUCCCCGCCCCUCACCCCGCCCCGGCCGUGAUUCUAUCAUUUUUGUGAGUUAUUUGCUAAAGGGGUCAUGGCUGGCUUGGGAAGGAGGCUUGCUUUGCCUGCCUCUGCCCCCCUGUUUAGUAUUUUCGAAUGUCAUCUUCCCCAUCUCUGGUAGGAGCUGAUAGUCAGUAAACAUCAGCUUAGAAAAAGGCUGUUCAUCUCUGAUACAGCUGUCUUGUUUAGGUCAUUUUCUUCUUGUUUAAUCUAGCCUUUUGUCCCCUGAAAUGAGUCUUUAGUAAUGAAUACAGUAUUGCUGCAAGGUGGUGCGAUAGCACUACAUCUUGGGUUGCCUGAAUUGAUAGACUAAAUUUAUAUUUUUUUAAUUUAUUUUUUGACCAUAAUGUUUAACUGAAAAAGAAAAAAAAAAAAAGGAAAAUCAAAGGUAGAUAAAGGCUGCCUUUGCUUUUAAGGGAGGGAGAAUAAGGAUUUCUUCUUUAGUCUAAUAAAGUUUUAAACUUAAAAAAAAAAAUCUAGAGCAGUCUAUAUGCAUAAUUUGUUGGCUUUGCCACUGAGAUAUGCGUAUGCAAGUGUGAAUUCUGUUUUCUUUUUUUCCUCUACUGACUUCCCCCGCCCCCUGAAUCAGGAUCACUAACUUUAUUCAAAAAGGCACAAUAACCUGUUGUAUGGUACAGUGUUCUGAUUCUGUCUGUGGGGAGGAAAAAGAAAAUCAUUUUUAUGGAUUUCAGAUGCAUACUUUUGGAAGAAAACCUCUGGCAUUUUCUUCACUUUAAAAAUUCUUUCCCGUACAAGCUAGAGGGCCUAUGCAUUCUACAGAAUCUUUGAAAGAUUAUAGUAUAUUAAAUAUUUUCUUUGCCAUUUAAUACCACUAUUGAAUGCAUUAAACAUAUGUUUAUACUAUACCACAUGCAUUAAUUUAGCAGUCAUUGCAUUGAAACUUAAAUAGUUGAAGCUGUAAUAUCCUGGUCUUAUUGCUGAGUUGAAAAAAGUGCAAGAACACACUUGCUAAAUUUUUUGCCCAUGCCUUUAUAAAUUUCAGUUUGUUCACUCAUGUGGUUUGAUUUUUUUUUUUAUUAUUUUUUUAAAAAAAACAACCAACCAACCAACCGCUUUGGUUCAGCUUUCCAGUUUUUGAAUUGCCUUCCUUGGUGUGUUCUUCAUCUGCAAACUUAAUCUGGUCGUUAACUUUGCCAUUGCCCGCCCCCCUCUAAAGCUUCCGCAAAAGGAACACUGUAAAGUGGUGGUCACCUAGGAUGUGAGAACCAUAUAGCACUUUGUUUCUAAAUAAAAAAUGGUGGUGAUAUUUCUACUGAGCUCAAAAUACUUUAAAACGGUAGUAAGUAGAUGCAAAUACUUAUUUUUACAAAUUUCAUUAACCAGAACCUUGCAGUAUUUUUUCAUGGUGAGGUAACUGGCCACCCAGGAGAAGGAACCCAGAAAAUUGACUUUGAAAACAUUGAAGGUACUUACAAUCUUAUUAUAAUAAAGAUUAAUAUAAAAGCAACACAGUAACAUUUAGUUAUGAGACAAUUUAGAAGUACUCGGAGUAACCACAAAAAUUAUGUGGACUUCCGCUUCGUGAAAAUUACAGGAACAAAGUGUCCUUGUCAAAUUAAAGGAACAUGAUUGAGGAUAUUUUGGGGACCUUUGGAAGUAGAUACGCUAGGAAUAAAAGCUAACUGACUGUGAUCCUUAUAGAGUAGAAAUAUGGCUAUUUAUUCAGCACAAGAGUUUAAGGGUUCAAAAGGUAUGCUUUUUAUGUAAUUGAAUUGUGGAAAAAUGUUUUUGAAAAUGAAACUUUGAAAUAAAACUCGUUUUUUGAGCAUCUGAAAUGAUUGACUUUAUUGAUAAGAUUGUCUGUUUUACCAAUUAAAAGAGUAAAACACCACCUUAUAUUUGGAAAUAGAAAAAUAAAUUUGCACAGUUUUCUCUGUGUUGGUUUUAUUUUUUCUUUUGUAAGGCAGCGUUAUAAACAACUGAAAGUGGUUUGUAUUCUUUGAUCACUUUGAAGGAUAUAGCACUUAUCCUGCUGUUGACAUAGUGAAUGCCAUCUUUUUAUCAAAAUGUUUUUCUGUCAGAAGGAUCAGAAAUGCAAUUAUUAAUUAAACUCUUUGUUCUCAGAUGAGCUGACUUUACAUUUUGUUCAAGCCAAUUUCUUUCUGUGAAUAUCGAUUGUAGGGCUAAGUGAAACCUGUGCAGUUUUUGUUUUGAUGCAUUUCAUCUGUGUGAAUACUGGGAUUAUAAAUUUUAAACAGCAUACCAGCAAUAUAUGGGCUAUGAUUCUGCUGAGAAGUAUUUCUCUGUUACCGAACUUUUCAAAUUCUGAGCUAAGCUAUGGAUAAAUUAAUGAUUGCCAAUUUUGUUUCUUAAAAUCUUUUUAUGACUGCAAAUAAUAAAAAUGACAAGCAUUCUUUAUAAAUAAAACACGGGCUAGAUGGUAGUUCAUAAUAUGGGAAAUAUGGCGUUGUAUCUGGAAAGUGUUCUAAAUUCUACGCAGAUAAUGAAAAAUUCUUAAAGAAUUUUGUAUGAAUACAUGUUGGGUUAAAGAAUUUUUAUAGUGAUGAUGGAGUGCCAUGAAGUUAAUACUUGCAAUCCAGAUUGCUGUAGUUUACACUUUUCUCUGUUUCAGACCUGGUGUGCGCUAUUUGUACUAAGCACGCCACAGAGUGAAUUAUCCAAAGUCCAUUGAUUUUAAUGUGUUUUGGUUUGUAAACGAAAUUAUAGUAAUUUCUUGCACAUUUUUGAAAAAUAAUUGUAUAAGGAUUUAUGUAUCUGCUUCUGGAUACAGUGUGUAAAUAAA